AUGGCCGAUAAAUACGGGCAUCAUAGUAACAUUCACAACCCGAAGAGGAUUUUCUUGCCAAUGUUCUGCCGCCUAUCCAUCAAAGACGUCAAACUCAGCACACACCGGAAAAUCCACGCCGGCGCCGGCGAACCCUCCUCCCCAAAAGUCAGCUGCAUGGGCCAAGUCAAGAGAAACCCGACCGCCGCCGGCGGCCGCCACAAGCACCCAAUCGCCAACCGAAAUAAGCCCGGAAAAGCCCUUCUUCCGAUCACCGCCGGCGGCGGCAGAAUCAGGCAAGAGAUGAUCAGGGCCGUGAGAAUUUCGAGGGGAUCGAGGAUGACAAUCGAUUUCGAUCGGGAUGGGGCGGUGGAUGUAUCCAAGAUGGAUCCGCCGCUGCCGGUAGUGAGGAGGGCAGCGGCGGCGCCGGGGGCCGGCCGGGAAGAGGUGAAUCUUUGGAGGAGGAGGUUUGAUACGGCGGGUGGCGGCCUGAAAAGAUUGGAAAUUGAAAAGAUUCGUCUACCGAACGGCGGAUUCCGACCACCUGCGUCGUUGACGGUGUGA